AUGCCUCCCAGACAGUCAUCUCUGGAUCCAGAAUGGCCUCCUGGGACUGUCCGAAUUGAAGAUCUUUCACAGACAGGCGAUACUGCAGAAGUAAUUCUGCAGCCAAAUCCUACCAGAGAUCCCAACGAUCCACUUAACUGGCCACUAUGGCGCAAAAACCUCAACUUCGGCCUUGUAUGUUACUAUGUCGUGAUGGUUCUCGCACUAAUCGACGUGGCAACAGUAACCUGGGGUCCCGUCAAUCUAGAACUCGGCUUCAGCUACGCCAUAUUAAACGACAGCUACGCAGCAGGCUGUGGCUCCCUCUGCAUUGGAGGACUCUUCCUCGUACCCUUUGCCCUGAAAUACGGACGUCGACCGAUCUAUAUAUUCAGCACCGCCAUCCAAUGCGGAAUCAGCAUUUGGUCUGCGAAGAUGCAAAACGUCGCCGAUUUGAUGCUGGUCAAUAUCCUCAGCUGCAUUGUUGGAGCACUCGCUGAAGUUCUGGUUCAAAUGACCGUUGCUGAUGUCUACUAUAUUCACCAGCGAGGUCUGACCAACACUAUCUACUUCUGGUUCAUGACUGUCGGAACAACACUGGCCCCUCUUGCUGGUGGGUUUAUCACCCAGUCCCAGGGAUGGCGCUGGGUUUGGUGGUGGAUGGCUAUUCUCUUUGGAGUGGGUCUUGGCGCAUUUGUUUUUCUGUAUGAGGAGACUAUGUUUGAUGCAUCGCGUAUUGAGGGUGUACCUGUUCCUGAGAGGAAUGACCUUAAGCCUACCCCUAUCAAAGAGGAUAUCGAGCCAUCGGCAAUGGAGAAGUCCCUGUCAACACAGGAAGCUCACUCAUAUCAAGCUGUUGAGAUCGACUACUCAAUCCCAGUGAAAAGCUACUGGAAGAAACUCGCAUUGUGGUCUAACUCCCCAGUGCCCUUCUCAGAGGUAGCAAAACACUGCUACCAGCCGUUCCUCAUUCUCUUCAGCUUUCCAGGCGUCUUUUUCAUGGCCCUCGUCUAUGGACUGAUGACCGCCUGCACGACAGUCCCAGUGACAACUCUUUCAUCAGUGAUGACACUGCCGCCGUACAAUUUUGGCGCAUCUCAAAUUGGCCUUAUGGGAUUGCCGCCAUUCAUUGGGACAACCUUAGGGGCUCUAAUUUGUGGGCCUCUAAGUGACUCGAUUGCUCUCUUCCUUGCAAAGAGAAAUGGCGGUGUCUUCGAACCGGAGAUGCGACUUUGGUUGGCUCUUGCCUUUACUCCAUUGAUUCCAGCAGGCCUGUUUAUGUUUGGUAUUGGACUGAAUAACGGCUCUCACUGGCUUUUGCCAGCGUUUGGCUUGGGUGUCAGCUCUGUGGGUGCUGUACCGGCUAGCAGUGCUGCAUUAACUUAUCUUACUGAUUCAUACACUGAGAUUAUCGCGGACUCAGUAGUUGGUGUCACUUUCAUUCGGAAUCUCAUCUCCACUAUUUUUGUCUUCGCCCUUCAACCCUGGUGCAAUAGAGUGGGACUGACAUGGUUCUACGUGACGUUUGGCUUGAUAGUCACUGUUGCCCUCUCCGGUAAUUUGCUAUUUAUCUACUAUGGAAAGAUGUUCCGGGCGAGGCUUGCAGGUGCAUAUAACCACUACAGUCAGAAGCAACUAGGCUCGAGGCCAGCUUAG